AUGAAUACAAAUAAACAAUUAGUUAAGGAUAUUUAUAAAAUAGAAUAUAAGGAUGCUAUAAAUAUAGAAAAAUUAGAAGAAAUUUAUGAAAAAAAAAAAAAUGUUAAAUUAAAAAGAAGUGAAAUUGUUUAUACUUUAAAUAUUCUUGAAAAUGCAAGAGCUUGCUCAAUUAAAAAUGAAAAUAAUACAAUUAUAACUAGAAUGAGAAGUGAAGAAGUUACAAAAAAAUUAAAAGAAUUAAGUGAUAUAGAUUUUUUAAUUUUUACAAAAGUUGAAAAUAGUCAAAACAGUGGAAUAUGGACAGCUGAUUUAAGAAAACAAACAAAAUUAUUAAUACAUCAAGUUCAAAAAGGUGUAAAAUUAUUAUGUGAAAAUAAAUUAAUAAAACAAGUAAAUAAUAUUCAUGUUAAAAAUCGUAAAAUGUAUAUUUUGUAUGAUUUAGAAGCUUCAGAAAAAGUAAUAGGAGGAUCAUUUUAUACAGAUGGAGAAUUUAAUAAAAAAGUUGUUGAUUAUAUUAGAGAAAAUAUUUGUUUUUAUUUAUACAAUAAUAAUAAUUCAAAUGUUACAUCAGUAAUUAAUUAUAUUAAAAAACUUAAUAGUAGUGUUGGUUUUUUUUCAGAUAGUGAUAUUUAUAGGGUUAUAAAAACAUUAUUAUAUGAAGAAAAAAUUAAAAUAUAUAAAAAUAAUAGUAAUGAUGAAAUAAUUUAUUAUUAUAAUAAUGAAAACAAAAAAUUUCUAAAUAGUUUUCCAUGUUUUUCAUGUGAAAUUUUUAAUAAAUGUAAUUCAGAUACUAAAACUACUAUUAACCCUAAAAAUUGUUUAUAUUUAAAUUUUUACCUUAACUUAGAAAAUGAAUAA